CCUCAAUGCUGAACCUACUACCGUUGCGCGGUCCAGCUCACUCGCUGCUCUACGGCAAGACUGGACUCCAGAGGAUCAAAAUCGGAAAGUGUGGAAACAGCAUCGAGAUCGACAAGAGCUCAAUCGAUGAGAUCUACAGCCACUCGAGGAACGACGUUGUUCUCCACAACGACUUUGUCCCUCUAAAGCACAAGAACUUUAUGGAAUACAAGCUCGUGGCAUACCACCUCAUUGAGGCGUACGAGAACCCGGAAAAGGCCUUUAAAACGACGCUUGCUGGCAUGUCAUUUUUUGACAAGCUCUCGCACUUGUACUCGAACAAAAAGAGGAUUGUGGAGCUCCAUACUGCCAUCGAUACGACAAAACACGCGCCAACCUUCCCUAUUCAGGGAAAGAAUGUCUAA